AUGUACCGCUUCGCCGGCAGCCUCGCCUCUAAAGCCAGGUUGGCUAGGAACUGUACCCAACAGAUUGGCAGUAAUUUGAUUUCGAGAAGGAACUAUGCGGCCAAAGAUAUCAAAUUCGGUGUGGAAGCCCGGGCAUUGAUGCUCAAGGGUGUGGAAGAGCUCGCUGAUGCUGUUAAAGUCACAAUGGGGCCAAAAGGACGCAAUGUUGUUCUGGAACAAAGCUUUGGGGCCCCUAAAGUGACAAAGGAUGGUGUCACUGUAGCAAAGAGCAUUGAGUUCAGAGAUAAAGUCAAGAACAUUGGUGCUAGUCUUGUAAAGCAGGUCGCAAAUGCUACAAAUGAUGCCGCAGGGGAUGGUACCACUUGUGCUACAGUCCUCACCCGCGCUAUAUUUACUGAAGGAUGCAAAUCAGUGGCAGCUGGAAUGAAUGCAAUGGACCUAAGACGAGGCAUUUCAAUGGCAGUUGAUUCUGUUGUGACAAACUUGAAGAGUAGGGCUCGGAUGAUCAGCACAUCUGAAGAAAUAGCUCAGGUUGGGACCAUAUCAGCUAAUGGAGAGAGAGAAAUUGGUGAACUAAUCGCUAAGGCUAUGGAGAAAGUUGGCAAAGAGGGUGUUAUUACCAUUGCUGAUGGAAAAACAUUGUAUAAUGAAUUGGAGGUUGUUGAAGGAAUGAAACUAGAUAGGGGAUAUAUAUCCCCUUACUUUAUUACCAAUCCUAAGAACCAAAAAUGUGAAUUAGAAGAUCCACUCGUCUUAAUCCAUGAGAAGAAAAUCUCAAAUCUAAAUUCGAUAGUUAAAAUAUUAGAGCUGGCAUUGAAGAAGCAAAGACCUCUUUUGAUUGUUGCUGAGGAUGUGGAAAGUGAAGCACUUGCUACUCUCAUUAUAAACAAGCUUCGUGCUGGAAUUAAGGUUUGUGCAAUUAAAGCCCCUGGAUUUGGAGAAAACAGGAAGGCAAAUUUGCAGGACCUAGCCAUUCUUACGGGAGGCGAGGUAAUAACUGAAGAGCUUGGUCUGAACCUUGACAAAGUUGGAGUAGAAACACUUGGAACCUGCAAAAGGGUUACAAUAUCAAAAGAUGACACUGUUAUUCUUGAUGGGGCUGGUGACAAGAAAGCCAUUGAAGAAAGAUGUGAACAGCUGAGAUCAUCAAUUGAAUUGAGCACUUCUGAUUAUGACAAGGAGAAGUUACAAGAGCGGUUGGCAAAGAUUUCUGGUGGUGUUGCCGUUUUAAAGAUUGGCGGAGCGAGCGAAGCAGAAGUUAGUGAAAAGAAGGACAGAGUAACUGAUGCUCUAAAUGCCACCAAGGCUGCUGUGGAGGAAGGAAUCGUACCUGGUGGUGGUGCUGCACUGCUUUAUGCCUCAAAGGAGCUGGACAAGUUGGCAACUGCAAACUUUGACCAGAAGAUUGGUGUUCAAAUUAUUCAGAAUGCUCUUAAGAUGCCUGUAUCCACAAUUGCUUCUAAUGCUGGAGUUGAGGGGGCAGUUGUUGUUGGCAAACUAUUGGAGCAGGACAAUCCUGACCUUGGAUACGAUGCAGCAAAAGGUGAAUAUGUAGACAUGAUAAAGGCAGGGAUCAUUGAUCCAUUGAAAGUCAUCAGAACCGCCUUGGUCGAUGCCGCAAGCGUGUCCUCGUUAAUGACCACGACGGAGGCAGUUGUCGUUGAGCUUCCCAAGGAUGAGAAGGAAACCCCUGGAAUGGGAGGUGGCAUGGGAGGCAUGGAUUACUAG